AUGUAAAAUCAAGAACUAAACUAAUUUGUUAAAUAUGAUUAGUUUUCUUCAUAUCUAACCAAGUCUCAGGUGUAAUACAUAGAGACUCGCAAUCCGUUAGACUACUAUUAGAAAAACAAUAUCCAGACCUAGAAUUGGGAUUCAAGCCUUCUCCAAACCAAACCACAAGUAAGUUAGGAACUUGACAAAAUCAAUAAUCUGGUUGAUUCUCUCUUCGCAAAGAAGGACUCUCAACUAUAUUAGAAAUAAGAACCCAAAGAACGCAAUUAGAAGUCAUUUAUGGAGAAAUUCUCACCUAUGGGAAACCUACUAUCUGAAACAACCUAAUCGUUGGAUUACAAUCCACCAUAAUAGCAGGGUCAUCAGAGUAUGUUGGAUCUUAAGGCUGACAUCCUAAACGUGAGAUCGAUUUCAUUAAAAUAAGAACGUCCGAAAGAAGUGAAGACUUCUAAUGUCCAAAAAGUGAUUGAACAGAAAGGACUGAACCUCAGACAAUCAGCUCCAUUGAGUUUAUAUGAAUUGAGAUAAAUAAAUAAUGUUGAAAUCCAGAAAGCAUUGAAAGUUUUGCAAAAAUGA